AUGAGCGAUCGUACUAAAGUGACAGUCGGAAGUGGUGGUAUCUUCCGUUUAUUUUGUUUGAUGUUAAGAAAAUUUUCACAUUUAAGAAUAACAAUUGAAUGGUCUGAUAAAGUGGAAGGAACAUCAACCGUAGAACAGUUGUAG